GAGAAGACCUUGGGCGGCCUCGAAUCCGACAAGGAGUCUCAGGGCAACGUGCGGACAACUUCUCAGCCUCCCGUACAAAGGCACAACGAACCCCCCGUCGGCGACUGCAAGACCAAAGGCCCCCCCAAAAGCGACGUUACCUCGAAUCGUCGCCAGAAUCCUACAAGCCAGUCGGAAGCCUUUCUCCACCAAAACUCAAACACCGACUGCGUUGACGAAUGCGCAAUUGAUGAUGAUUCCGAGUGGAAAGACUCCAUCGAGAAUGACAACACGUCUAGCGUUGACGAGACUGGCAAAAGGUCUAGCAUUGACGAGGAGACCUUUUUUCAGCGUACCGGCAACAACAGCAAGCUGACCUCGCGUCGCUCUCUUAUUACCAUGAUGGUGGUUGAGAUGGACAACCGCGGAGGGGUAGGGACUGUUGCCUCUCGGUCUAUCUCAACACUUCCGUUUCGUACCAACCACCCGGCCCCGCCUACCUUAGCCGUCUCCCCCAAUGAUUCCGGCGACGCUCCAUUGAUAAUGAAGCGCGAUAACGGCUGGCCGUCUCUGAAGCCCAUCACCGAGGUGCCACGGUUUGCUCCUCGGCCUAUCUCCAAGAGUGCCAGCCGUUGGUGCGAAUCCGUUCUCUCCCCCCGAACUACACGACGAAACAUGCUAGCGACAGAGUGGCCCGACUCUCUCCGAAGUAACGUGCUUCGGGAGCGCCAGCAGAAGCUGAUUACUGCCAAUGCAGUGCUCAAGCGCCACUGUUCCUCCCACGACAUCGCGAACCUGAAGCAGUACCCCAAGAGCACCUGGACCACCACGAAGGAAGAUAGUGUCAUCACUUCUCUAUACUUCAAGGAUGUCCACCUAAAGGGAUGGUGA